AUGGAGCUUGAAGAAGAAGAUGACGAGAUGAUGUUGCUCAUCUUUCCAGCACUUUAUUUAGCAUCUACUAGACCAAACAAAAUCCCAUGCCAUACAUCCAAACUUAGCGGUGCAGAGUAUAUUUCAGAGCUUCUAAAUGGCCACCCAAGACGCUGCUGCAAUAACCUUAGGAUGGAAUCUCAUAUUUUUCAAUCGCUUUCAGACCAUCUUAGGUCAAAAAACCUUCUCCAAAGUACAAGAGGUGUUAUGGUAGAAGAGCAACUAGGCAUGUUUAUGUAUAUGCUAUCAAGGAAUGCUAGUUUUGGAGCCUUAACAGAUAGAUUCCAGCAUAGUCCUGAGACUGUACACAGGCAUCUUACAUCUUGUUUUUCUGCAAUGAGAUCAUUGACCUCUGAUAUUAUCAAGCCCCCAUCAACUCAAUGCCAUUGGAAGAUAUCAUCAAAUCCAAAAUUUUGGCCUUACUUUGAGAACUGUAUAGGAGUAAUAGAUGGAACACAUGUUCCUAUCACAAUUUCUAGCUGUGAGGCUGCACCAUAUCGGAAUAGGAAAGGUUCACUUUCUCAAAAUGUGAUGCUAGCUUGUGACUUUGAUCUGAAUUUUGUCUAUAUCUCUACUGGUUGGGAAGGGUCUGCAUCUGAUGCCGGGGUAUUGCAUUCUGCCAUUAAAUAUGGAUUUAAGGUACCGGAAGGAAAGUUUUAUCUGGUUGAUGGUGGCUAUGCAAAUACACCAUAUUUUCUCGCGCCGUAUCGAGGAGUUCGGUAUCAUCUUAAAGAACAAGGGCGAAAAAAUUGUCGGCCAAAGGAUUACAAGGAAUUAUUUAAUCUUCGCCAUGCCCUAUUACGCAACCACAUAGAGCGUGCUAUUGGAGUCCUGAAGAUGCGAUUUCCAAUCCUAAAAGUGGCAACAUUUUAUCCAAUCGAGACCCAAGUAAUUAUUCCAGCUGCUGCAGCGGUCCUCCACAACAUAAUCAGGAGCCAUAAAGGUGAUGAGGAGUGGUUAAGUCAUCAAAAAAAGUAUAUCCCUCCAAAGAAAUAUGUCCCGUUACCUGAAGGAGAUGAUACAUAUAGAGAUGAUGUUGCACCAAUGAAUAGCUAAAGAAACUUAGGAAAUGAGUUGAGGGACAAUAUUGCAAAGAAGAUGUGGGCUGGCUACCAAAGAAUUAGAGAGCGUAGGGUGCAAAGAAGGGUGCAUAGAAGAUCUUCUUAAUUUGUAGUAACACUUUUAUAUGUCAAAGUGUAAUUUAUUUUUUCUCUCAUGUUGAACCCACUAUUAUUGUAAUGAACUAUUUGAAUAUUCUGAAUUGUUUGAAUGUUUUGGUGCUGAAUCAUUUA